GAGGGACCAGGAAGUUGCCGCUCGGCCCGUGCACUGAAAUCCGAGGCCACGCCCGUUUGAGCUGCUAUACCGCUCUUGUUUUCAGAAGCGACCUGCCCACAACAACUAUAACAACAAGCUGUUGCUUCCUCUGCAGAAUUGGUCUGAUGGAGCAAAGGCACUUGGCGCAGCUCGGUGCAAAAAGGCAUCAAUGCGACCGGUGUGCAUACAGCACGGAUCGUCCUGGACAUUUGACACAGCACCAGAGAACUCACACAGGAGAGAAACCCUUCAAGUGCAGUGUGUGUGGGAGGGCGUUUGCACGUUCAUCUGCUCUUGUAACACACAAGAGAACACACACGGGAGAGAAACCCUUCAAGUGCAGUGUGUGUGGGAAGGCGUUUGCACAGUCAUCUUGUGAAGCACACCAGAGAACUCACACAGGAGAGAAACCCUUCAAGUGCAGUGUGUGUGGGAAGUCGUUUUCACAGUCAUCUACUCUUGUAAAACACCAGAGAACACACACGGGAGAGAAGCCCUUUAAGUGCAGUGUGUGUGGGAAGGCGUUUUCACAGUCAUCACAUUUUCAAAGACACCAGAGAACACACACGGGAGAGAAACCCUUCACGUGCAGUGUGUGUGGGAAGGCGUUUUCACAGUCAUCUACUCUUAUAAAACACCAGAGCACACACACGGGAGAGAAACCCUUCAAGUGCAGUGUGUGUGGGAAAACGUUUGCACGGUCAUCUACUCUUGUAGAUCACCAGAGAACACACACGGGAGAGAAACCCUUCAAGUGCAGUGUGUGUGGGAAAACGUUUGCACGGUCAUCUACUCUUGUAGAUCACCAGAGAACACACACGGGAGAGAAACCCUUCAAGUGCAGUGUGUGCGGGAAGGCGUUUGCACAGUCACCACAUCUGCAAAGACACCAGAGAACACACAAGCAUCUGAAUCUCCACCAGGAGUGGAGUGUGAAAUAUAAUUGUAAAAGUCAGAGUGCCGCAAUGAGCCCAUCCCUCAAACAAGAACCGGACGACAAUCCCAGCUUGGACACUUUUAAAGGUAACGAGGUGAAAUAUGAAGAGGUGAAGGUGAAAUGUGAAGAAGUGAUGGUGAAGAGCCAAGAAGUGAAGGUAAAAUGUGAAGAUGAAGAUUCAACUCCCAAAUCGGACCUUCACAUUGAUGGAGGCAACAUGAAGCAGGAGGAGAAUUCUGACUGUGAGGCAGAGCGAGGCAACUCCCAGCAGUUUGUGGAAGUGGAGGUGUGGGUGGACUUCCUCCGAGACAAUAGAAAGUCAAAUGGAGACCCGGUAGAUGUGUAAGCUUCAGACGAUGCCGCUCCAAUCGAUGCAACUUUGUCACAGGUCUUUGUGGACCUGUGUGUUGGGUAGAUUUCUAACCAGGAGCGAGAGCCAAUAAGCUCCCAAGCAUUUGCUAUGUUAUCAUAAUUGCAUUUAUAUGGUGCUUGCUUAAUCGCCUCUGGCAACUCGGAGUGUUGUAGCAUAUCUCUUUUCAAACAUUCUAAGAGCAUCCCCAAGUAGCAGCUGCCCCUGUGUGGCACAAGGUGGUGGCCCUGCACCGGCCUGCAUGUGGACAAGAGCCUGUCAGUAGGGGGCGAUGGUUGAUGUGGCAUCUUGGUUGUGGAGUUUGUAGGUAAUGUUUAGAAUUUGCUACCUUUUUACCCAGAUGCCAGCAUGCAAUGGCCGACUCGUUUUGAAUGGUGCAUUAGUAUGUUGUACAUACACUGUUAAGCAGACGGUGCGUAUUUUUUUAAUUAGCUUCUUGUUAAUAGGAUGUAACCUAAUGCAGUAUAUUUCAGUGCAGUAAUUCAAUUUUGUUCAUAUGCCUGUCACGAAUUUAGAAUGAAUGCUUGUCUGAUGGUGUGCGUACGUGUAACAUUUUGUCUACAAGGGUCAAACAUUUAAUAAGUCAUGUUAGAACACAGUGUGUGUUUUGCAAGUAACCUGGUCAGAUAACUCAGGUGAGACUCAUUGUUCUUGUGAUACAGGUCAAAGGGUACUUUUGUGUUUUCAGGAAGCAUCUCUGGAGCAACUCAUUGUCUUUGAAAUAGUGAGCACACUCGGAUCAUUCAUCAGUUACAAGGCAUACCACUCAAAAGUUACACGUAGAGGAGAUACAUUCUCUACAACACGAAUAAUAAUUUUGUAUUACGUGUUGACGUAGAUUUUGUCGAAUUAGGACGAGAAAUGGUCCUUGCCGAUUAACGUCUGGAUGUUCACAACCAUGGGGUUGAAGCAAGCCUUGACCGCCUGCGGUGCCCCUCACAACCAUUUACGGCCUUGGGCCAGGAAGGUCACGAAUAAAUUGCAGACGAACGACGCAUCCACGCAAGCACCCGAUGCUCCGUUUUGAAGUUUUAAAAUGAAACGACUUUGAAUUGUAUUAUGUUUUGAAUUUUGUUUCUUCAAUGAAAGCUUAUAUCAUUUUACAUCUGGAAGACUUAAUUGAAAACGACAUUUCGUGUGAAUUUUCUCUCGUCGUGAAGUAGAUGGCUUUGCCGGGGAUUCGGUUCGAUAUACGGACUUUCACCUGGUUGGGAUCGCGGGAUCGAGAUGAGGCGACAGAGCUGGCCGUGCGAGAAGACUGCCGUCUGCAGAUCGAUUCCAACGUGAUCGACCGUCUGUCCCUGCGCCUCCGUCGUUCAUGCAGGGGGCACGUAGGUUUACAGCGCCCCCUGCAUGAAAAAGAAAAAGUGCAGCAUUCAUCACAGUUUAAGUAGAGCGUUAUAUAUAAAUGUCAUUUUUUGUCUGUGUGUUCACGCGCUUGCGAGGGAUUUUUCUCUCUAACUGGGGUUUACGGAAAAAAAAUGCCUGGUACCACUCGCUAAAAUCUGCGGUUGGCAAGUAGUUUUGCCGCACGAUGCGGGACAAAGCGACGUGCUGCUGACGGUGAAUCUGAUGGCUUAGGACGAGUCUACACAGUUCAUCCCAAGGCAGUCGCCCUCCACAACAACGGAGGGUGGAGGAGUGACGCUCAACAUCGAGCGGGGCACCGGGUGGCUAAGCACAGCAAGUUGGCACAGUAGGGGUACAGGUGGUGCAUCAGCCAGUCAUCUCAGUCGACCCGUGGCACCUGGGUCUGCCCCGUGACCUGCCAGCGGGCGUUCGACACUUCACGUGGCCUCAAGAUGCACAUAGCCUGGCACAAGCGUCGUGGUGACGUCACCGCGACUUAGUGGCGAAUAGCGGUUGUCUCGAUCAGCGUCAAUCCAACCAUAUGCAACUACUGUCAGUAGCAACACGCGCCUGUUCAACUUCCACGGCCCACGACUACACGCGACUGGAACUUCUUUCACACCAUACAUAGCCAACCAUGCACAUCUAUAGGUCUCUGUGUGUAUGGUGAACGUCUUUCGCACCAUACGUAACCAACGGUGCUAAUCUAUGGAUCUCUGCGUGAGUCUGUGUGUAUCUAGAACUUAUUUCGAACCAUGCGUAGCUGUCCCUGCAGAGUAGGAGGGGCUGGUAUCUGUGGAGCUGUAGGCUGGGUAAAUCUGUCGGCAGGAGCGAGAGACAAUGAAGCUCCCAAGCAUUUACUACGUUACAAACAUCAUAUUUCCACUCAUAAGUCGCUUGCCUAAUUGCCUCAGCAACUCGGUGUUUCGUAUCGAAUCUCAUGUCAAACAAUCUAAAGGUGCCCCCCCUAAGUGGCAGCUGCCCCUGUGUGGCACAAGGUGGUGGCCCUGCACCAGCCUGCACGUGGACACGAGUCUGUCGGUAGGGGGCGAUCAUUGACGUGCCAUCUCCAUUGUGUAGUUUCUGGAUAAUGUUUGGCAUUACCCCAAUGUUGACCGUGACACCAACAUGCAUUUGUGCGUUGUGAAUGACGCAACGCUUUGUUUUACAUCUGCCGUUAAGCAGACUGCGCAUAUUUUUGCGAAUGUUACUGGGGUAGCCAGGUGUGCCUGUCGGAUUUGAACCUUGAACCUCUGCAAAAAACAGAGAAUGCGCUAUCAUAGUAUUGGUUCUUUUGGUAAAGUUACGCAGAUAGAAAAUGAACAAUAUUAUAUAAAAUAAUAAAUACAAUGAAA